CUGGCCUCCCCCGGCGCUCCGCACUCCCCGCCGGCCGCAGCCUGACACGCCGUGCGGCCCCCCCAGUCUCCCGCGGCCGCCUCCCCCAGGCAUGGCACAGGGCCUCUCCUCACUAUGGCAGCAGCACGGCAUAGCACGCUCGACUUCAUGCUCAGCUCCAAAGCUGAUGGUGAGACUAUCCUAAAAGGCCUCCAGUCCAUUUUCCAGGAGCAAGGAAUGGCAGAGUCGGUGCAUACCUGGCAGGACCAUGGCUAUUUUGGCAACCUACACAAACAAAAAUGGCAGCUUGCCAACUUGAGAAUUUAUCCACAUGGACUGGUGUUGCUGGACCUUCAGAGUUACGACAGCGAUGCACAGGGCAAAGAUGAAAUUGACAGCCUUCUGAACAAAGUAGAAGAAAGAAUGAAAGAAUUGAGUCAGAACAGCUCUGGCCGGGUGAAACGAUUACCACCCAUAGUUCGAGGAGGAGCCAUUGACAGAUACUGGCCCACUGCUGACGGGCGCCUGGUUGAAUAUGACAUAGAUGAAGUGGUGUACGACGAAGAUUCCCCUUAUCAGAACAUUAAAAUCCUGCACUCAAAGCAGUUUGGAAAUAUUCUCAUUCUUAGUGGGGAUGUUAAUUUGGCAGAGAGUGAUUUUGCAUAUACCCAGGCCAUCAUGGGAAGUGGCAAAGAAGAUUACACUGGCAAAGAUGUACUGAUUCUGGGAGGUGGAGAUGGAGGCAUAUUAUGUGAGAUAGUCAAACUGAAACCAAAGAUGGUCACUAUGGUAGAGAUUGACCAAAUGGUGAUUGAUGGAUGUAAGAAAUUUAUGCGAAAAACAUGUGGUGACGUCUUAGACAAUCUUAAAGGAGACUGCUAUCAGGUUCUCAUAGAGGACUGUAUUCCAGUACUGAAGAGGUACGCCAAAGAAGGGAGAGAGUUUGAUUAUGUGAUUAAUGACUUGACAGCGGUUCCAAUCUCCACAUCUCCAGAAGAAGAUUCCACAUGGGAGUUUCUCAGACUGAUUCUUGACCUCUCGAUGAGAGUACAACAAGAUGGGAAGUACUUUACACAGGGGAACUGUGUCAAUUUGACUGAAGCCCUGUCACUCUAUGAAGAACAGCUUGGGCGUCUGUAUUGCCCUGUGGAGUUCUCCAAGGAGAUUGUCUGUGUCCCUUCAUACUUGGAAUUGUGGGUAUUUUACACUGUUUGGAAGAAAGCUAAACCUUGAAGAUGAAGCGCCCUCAUCAGCUGCGACCAGCCUUCCUGACCUCCACCUUCUGUAUAGAAUAUCCAAACGAGUCAGGCAAAUCAAUUGUGAAUUCCUUCAAGUUUUCUCUUUUUAGUAAUUAUUUUUAAUUUAAAAAAGCCAAUGGGGAAAAAUGUAUAUUUUGAUGAGCUAGGGCGUUCAUUUUUUCUUUUUUGCAAGUCAGUUGAAGGACAAUUAGACAGAAAGCAAAGACUACAAUGUGCACUGACCCCCCCCCCCCCCAGAAUGUGAUUUUUGUUACUUUUUAUUUCUGUGUGGGUUUUUUUGUUGUUUUGUUUUGGUUUGGGCAGAUUUUCAAUUUGGACAUUUGGAGGAAUGAACAUCUUUGUUUUGUUCUGGAGGGAAGUUCUUUCCCACAAAAUUGACUUAGGUAUGAAAUUUGGUGCUUUUAAGAGAAAGAGUUCAAAAUGAGUAGGAAUGCUUCAAUUAAAACUACAAAAGAGAUA